CAGGGCAGGCAGCAAACCGCAACAGCAACAGCAAUAGCAGCCAAGCAUCCAAUUUCGACUUUUUUUGUUCGUUUAUUUUAUUGUGCACGUGCGUUGAAAGCAUUUUGAAGCGCUAACUGCGCAAUGGAUCAUCACACAUAUGCAAAAAGUGGCUCCAAGAAGUGGUCUGUCGAAGAGAAGCGUCUACUUGUGACCAAGCGCAUCGAAGCCGAAGAUUUAUUUUCCAAAUAUUCAUCCAAGCAAGCAGAGCCAUGGAAAAAAUUCAAGGACAUGGCCAAAAUUGGCGAUUACAGUGAACGCGCGCUGCGCAAACAGUGGCUGAAUAUGGUGCAACGCUAUCGCGUCCAGAAAUCCACUAUGCAGGUGACGCUGCUUAGCAAACAGUGCAUCGAUGUGCUCAACGAGGAGUGGGAAUACUUUGGCGAGAUACACGCCUACAUGAACCAGAAGACCACCGAUCUGCACUCGUAUGCGCUCAAGGAGCCCAACGUCCUGCCCGAACACUCCAACAACAACAACAGCAAUGGCAGCGGCAACAAUAAUUUGGCCAUGCUGGGCGUCGUCAAUGAUCACAGCUUUUGUGCAUCGACUAGAGCUGCUAAAUCAGAGUUGAGUGCGCCUGCUGUGGUCAUUAAAGAGGAGGUGGACUCGCUUGAUGUGUCAGAUGAGGGACAGCAGGAGUCUGUGGACUUCGGCGACAUUAUAAUUUCGCAACCCAAUAAUGAAUUCAAUACGGUGGCCGGCGAGGGCUCACAGUCAACGAUGUACAGCGACUCGGAGUCAGAGGAGAGCUCACAGCCGUCUGAUCCGGUGACCGUUGAGGUGUCCGACUUGUCGGAAGUAGAUGCCAUCAUGGGAUCACCAUUGUCAGCAAAAUUCGCCGCAGAUGUAUGUGAGGCCAGCACAGCGGAACAGAUACCCGCAUCCUUUGAAACAGCGUCUGUGUCAAUGCCGAGGGAUGAGCAGACGGCGGCCAAGUCAUGGGCCCGCUGGACAGCGAGAUUAGCAACACUCGUCGAACAGACGACGGCACCCACCAAGCCGAUGAAAAGAAAGCGCAAGGCAAUGAGCGAACGGGAUAAAUAUUAUAGACAUCGACGCCGCUACGAGCAUCGCAUGGAGUUGCGUCUGGGCAAUCUUUGCAAAGUGGCCGGACAACUUUUGGAGCAUUUGGUGCCUGGCAUGAAUGUGACGCCGCUGCUGAUGAAUAUCAAUAACAACGUCGACUACAACUGUACGAGCAGUUGUGACGAUGGCGAUGACGACACCGAGGAUGAUGACGAUAAUGAUGACAAAGAUGGCCAGCAAUAAGUUGGCACCAAAUGAUUUGGAUGCAAGCUUAAGAUGCUAAACAGAUCAUGUUCCUCUCACUAAGAAUCAAUCAUAUGUAUAUACAUAUAUAUAUAUAUAUCUAUAUCUAUAUAUAUAUAUAUAUAUCUGUAUAAGUGGGACUAAAAUGAAGACUAGUUUAGUUCGGAGUUGGAGAUAUUAGUAUAUUUUGUUGUGUUUAUACCCUGAACCCAUUAAAAAUGGGUAAAAAGGAUAGGAUUGUUUUGUGCACACGUAUGUAACAGGCAGAAGGAAGCAUCUCCGAUCCCAUAAAAAAUAUAUAUUCU